AUGGUACCCCAGGAGCCUCGCUAUGUGGCAAUUGCUAAGCGCAAGCAAGCUGAGCUAGCUGCAGCCAUCCCUGACGAAUGGAGGCUUCCAGCAGACAAGAUCCCCGCGGGGAUGCUCUCGCCGGCGGAAUCUAUAUCUGAAGGGCCAAAGCAGUACAAGCCAGUUCGAGUCAUCGAUAUUCCACGGCGGUGUGGACUCCUCACUGAUAAAGAAUUGAUCAUCACGGAGAACUAUGAUGUGCGGGGACUUGUAUCUGCUAUGACCACUGCUAAAUACACCGCCGAAGAAGUAGUUCGAGCAUUCUCGAAGAGAGCUGCCAUUGCCCACCAGCUUACUCGCUGUCUGACGGAGCCUCUAUUUGACCGCGCGUUGAAGCGCGCUAAAGAGCUGGAUGACCAUCUGCGCCGCACUGGCAAGCCGGUCGGUCCCUUACAUGGCCUCCCCAUUUCGGUGAAGGACACCUUCUGGAUCAAAGGCGUCGACUCGAGCAUUGGGUUAGCAGCAUAUGCCUUCCAGCCUGCACCCGAAAAUGCCCCCUUAGUCGACCUUUUACACGGGCUAGGCGCAGUCAUCAUAGCCAAGACCAAUGUCCCCCAGACCCUCGGGUGCCUUGACAGCGCCAAUCAUUUGUUCGGCCGAACUCUCAAUCCGUUAAAUAGAAAGCUCACAGCGGGUGGAUCAUCUGGCGGAGAAGGCGCACUCCUCGCUAUGCGAGGCUCGAUGGUGGGCAUCGGCACGGAUAUCGGAGGCUCGAUCAGAAUCCCGGCAAUGUGUCAGGGUAUCUACGGAUUCAAACCUAGUCACGGCCAUGUGCCUUAUGGUGGCCAGCAAGAGGGACAAAUUCCUGGGAAAGGCCGGGCAGGCAUCCAGGCCGUCGCUGGCCCGCUGGCCCGCUCAGUAGCCGAUCUGGGCGCUGUUCUUGCUGAAAUUGUCCCUCGGGCUGACCUUUUCGGCGAGGACUGCAUUCCAGGACCAACGGCAAUGUCACACCGUUGCCGCCGAUCACUUCGGGUGCUUGACGAAGUUGCUCAGAUCUUACGGCAUACGCCUGGAGUCAAGGUCGUGGAGAUCACGCCUCCUCCCGAAUUUGCUCAGUGCCAUAUCUUGGCUUCGAAGUUAAUGGCGGUCGAUGGUACCAAUAAGAUGUUGGACGCCAUUGAAGAGUUUGGAGAGCCUUUGAUCCCUUGGCUUACUUCCUGGUACCGUCGUCAUGAACCAAUGCCCAUUGGGAAGGUCGCGGCACUUCAGGCUGAGCGCUCAAAGAUCGAAAAGGCGAUGCUCAAGAUGUGGACAUCAGGCUCAUCUCACGAGCGGUGUAUUGAUGCAAUCAUUUGCCCGCAAGCAGGGCACCCUGUACCAGAACUGGACAAAUACGGAUUAGUCGACUACACAUCAUGCUUUGUUCUUCUUGAUUACCCUUCAGGGAAUGUGCCAGUGCGGGCGUUUGCCGAGUCUGAUCUUCAGCCUGGCGAGGAGUUCAAGGACCCGGUUCUGAGCAAAUAUGAUGCAAAGAACCGGCUGCUCUGGGAUGAAAAGUCAAUCGACCGACGAGUCUACCUUGAUUCGCCCUUGUCCGUCCAGGUCGUUACCCCCAAGCAACGGGACUAUGAACUGUUCCGUGCAAUGGAGAUUAUCGACCGAGCCGUACAGGGCCAAAAGCUAGCCUCACACCCCCGAUUAUAA